AUGACGUCGAGCAGGCCACAACGAUGUGCAAAAUUAGAAAAACAUGAUGGACCCUUGUCGGACAAGAGGAUGGCAGUGGAUGACCCGACCCGAGUGAUCGGUCGACGGGCAGAGGUGGGCUGGGUCCAAAAAGCUGCUGCUGGACCGGACGCCGGCCCGUACUUGGCACGCUCUCUUCAGCUGUUUCCCAUUGGACGUCGUAAUAAGUCGCCAUCAGCAAUCGCUGGAUUAUUUUCUCGUGCUUACCGGCCAUGGUCCCACAAAUACAUCCAACCAAGACGUGAUACGGUUGCUCCAUUAAUCCACAUUGUUACUGGAUCGUUGUUGUUUUCCUACACCAUAAACUAUGCUGUGAACCGUAGAGUUAGCAGCGAACAUAUUUCCCUGGUGUCAAGACUUAACGGUGAUACGAGACCUAAGGAUAAUUGUUAUUAAUUAACAUUAACCGUCCGUACACAAUGAACAAGUUGAUGUAAAGUUUUUCGUGACAACCCAACGCGCCAAACAAGUUUUUGCGCUCCACGGUCAAGACCAUCACUGCACCCGAAG